CUUAUCAACAGAAAACGGACCAGGAAGGGACCUACUUUUCCCGUUGACGGCUACUCGAAACAGGUACGGAACCAAGCCCUGAUUUUUGGGUUGGGCCUGCGAGAAGCGGGUCAACCCGAGAACCUCCAUUAACAGCGAGCAACAACAACCGCGCGCCACCGAAUUAGAGAAGCAACAAGAAAGUGAGGAUGGAGAAUCAAGGAAAAGGAGCGGAAGCUUCGGAAAAUCCAGAAGCCAAAAGCUUGAAGAAGACCCGGAUAGUAAUAGGGGUACCUUCAUAUCAAGAAGUGAUUGAGAGCUCGCAGUCUAAAUCAACACCACCUUCUCUCUUCGCUCCGUCGCAAUCGUUUUCUCAGGCCUUCUCCUUUGUCAAAUCCUCUGAAUUUUACUCCCCUCCGCCUCCCGCCUCCGAUCCCUCUACCUCUUUACAACCUUCUCUACCUGCUCCCUCGACGCCAAGCCAUGUUGGUAAACCCAAUGUGGCUUCUUCUUCUUCUUCUCCGGCAGUGUCAGUGGGCUCUGCUUCAGCAACUGCCGUUGGUUCAUCCUCCUCGAAUUAUACUCAAAGUCGCAAUGCAAUCAUUGUUAGCCACAGACAGGUAAAUUUGAUGUUUUCUGGAGUCUCGGUAUAUCUUCGGUAUCAUCUACUACAUCCGGACUACCUAUAUUAUCGUAUAAGAGAAUUACAAAAGAAUUUUAAGCUUCGUGUUGUUCUUUGCCAUGUUGAUGUGGAGGAUGUCAUUAAGCCUUUGCUUGAAGUUACUAAAACCGCAUUACUUCAUGAUUGCACCUUAUUAUGUGCCUGGAGCUUGGAAGAAUGUGCUCGUUACUUGGAAACUAUAAAAGUAUAUGAGAACAAGCCAGCAGAUCUUAUACAAGGCCAUAUGGAUACAGACUAUUUGUCACGGCUAAACCAUGCUCUUACAAGUGUUCGGCAUAUUAACAGGACGGAUGUUGUCACCCUUGGUUCUACUUUUGGGUCUCUUUCGAAUCUCAUGGAUGCAUCAGCGGAAGAUCUAGCUCGCUGCCCUGGUAUAGGAGAACGCAAGGUGAAACGCUUAUAUGACACUUUCCACGAACCAUUCAAGCGUGUUCGUCCCAGCCACCCUGCUGCCCCUGAACCUCCCCCUGUCCAGAAGGACGUACCCGGGCCAACAAGUGAAGCUGCAGAGGUGGAGGAUAAAGAAGCAAGUGAACCUAAGAAGAAAGAACCUGAAGCCGCUCUUAAAUCUGCCCUGUCUACUGCUUUUGCCAAAUACUCCGAUAAGAUCGGUAAGAAGAAAAGCAGAUCACAUGAUUCGGAAGAAGAGGAAACUGUGUUGACAACUGACAAUGGAUCACAAGCUGAAAUUAGGGAAUCCAGGGAAGGAACUCCAAGCUGAUAUUGCCUCGCCUUCUAACUUCUAACGCGAAUGUAAAACCCAUCGCGACUGAUUGAUCACGCGAAAUAGAUUAGGAAAUUGCCUUGGAUAUAACUCGGGGAAAGAACAAAUAUGAUUUAUCCCGGUCGAGCGUGGUUAAAGGUCGAAAAUAAUUUAUAAUUCCAUGUAUCAUUAUCUUGAUCUCAAUCAGUAUAUUAUGUUAUCAUAUUUCUGUUCAUGGUUA